AUGGGUGGGUCGAGUUCCAUCAACUCUCUGGCGUACGUCCGAGGCAGCAAGGAGGAUUACGACGAGUGGGCAGCCCUCGGUAACGACGGAUGGAGCUACAAAGAUGUGCUGCCAUAUUUUAAGAAAUCCGAGAGGAAUCUCAACAUAGAGGGGCUCAACCGAAAGUAUCACGGCGUCGACGGAGAACAGUACAUUUCCAGAUACCCAAAUAUUGACAAACCAGCCAUUAUGAUGGUCGAUGCAUUCCACGAAGGAGGCGUGCCCCUUGGAGACUUCAAUGGAGCUCACAGUGACACCACGAUGUACUCGCAAUCUAUAUCUAAAGACGGAGUGCGAGUUUCUACAAAUAAUGCUUUCAUACAACCGAUCAGGUAUAAGCGAAAGAAUUUAACUGUCAAGUCUGAAGCCGAAGUGACUAAAGUCCUCAUAAACAAAAAAAAUGUAGCGUACGGUGUGAGGUACACCCUGGACGGUAUGGUCCACACAGCCUACGCAAAGAAAGAGGUCAUAGUGAGUGCUGGCAGUAUCAACUCUCCGAAGUUGCUCAUGUUGUCAGGUGUCGGUCCUAGGGAACAUUUGGAAGAAUUAAACAUUCCUGUUAAGAAGGAUCUAGCUGUCGGAGAGAAUUUACACGACCACGUCACUUUCAAUGGUAUCCUAGUAGUCUUACCCAAUGGUACGGACACUCGAGUGAGUAACCAAGAGAUGCUAGAAGACCUGUAUGAGUACCGUCAGAUGGAACACAAGCACGGCCCGCUUUCAAGCAACGGUCCUAUUAGCGCUAUAGCAUUCAUAAAGACUGAGCCUGAUUUACCGGCACCUGAUAUUCAAUAUCAAAUAGACCGCGGCUUCUUGAAAGAAUUCGUUCGUCAGCCAGCUCUCUAUGACGAGGUGGUAAUCUACCCUUCAUCGUACUACGAUUGUCUCAUUCCCAGGACAAUGAAUUUGGUUCCUAAGAGUAGGGGUAAACUGUUAUUGAACCCGGACGAUCCGAAUGGCAAGCCUUUGAUAUACGCCAACUACUUUGAAGACCCGACUGAUAUUAUACCAAUAGUUAAAGGUGUCAAGUUCCUUAUCGGGUUGGAAAAAACGAGAGCGUUCAGGUCCAUGGGCGCGUAUUUCGAUAAGACACCGUUAAGGGCAUGCAAACACUACCGGUGGGGUACUGAUAGUUACAUCGAGUGUUUGGCGAGGUCUUACACGUCGACUACGUACCAUCCUGUAGGAACCUGCAAGAUGGGACCUUCAUGGGACGAGAAGGCAGUGGUGGACCCGCGACUAAAAGUGUACGGAGUAUCGAACUUGAGGGUAAUAGACUCCUCAAUAAUGCCCAUCGUGAACCGAGGUAACACGAACGCUCCUUCCAUCAUGAUAGGAGAGAGAGGCGUGGCCUUUGUACUAGAAGACUGGUUGAAAGAUCGUGACUGUGAUCGUUUCGAUUACGAUUAUGAUUAA